AUGGAUGUGGAUGACAAGCUAGUCGAAUGUAUGCUCAGUUCUAACACAGAAAACAAACCAGAGGAUAAGGUUGUGAAGGAGGAAACUGAUGGAUUGACCACAGAUCCUGAGUCUGAAGAUGAAGAGAGCUCAGACAAUGACACUCACAAUGACAACAAUUCAGAGGGCAAGAAGGUUUUGUCUGUGCUAGUAGAGAGUCAAUCUGGCAAUUGUAAGGCAACAGUGGAGGAGCUCACAAAAGUAAAGGAGGACAAAGCUACUGCUAGGGCUAAAGUGAAGGCAGAGGCUGAGAAAGCAAUGUGGGCCAAGGUUAAGGAAGAGGCUCAGGCUAAGGCAAAGAAGGAGAAGGAGAGGGGAAAGGAGAAGGAGAAGGAGAAGGCUAUAGCCUUAGCACAGUCAGCAACAAAGCAGAAGGAUAGGAAGGAAAAGGAGGGGUCUAAAGGUUCCAAUACUGUUGCAAAUGCAGAAAGGUUAAAGGUGGUAGUAGAAAAGGGGAACAAGCCAGUUCCUAAAGAAGUUGCAAAACUGGAAAAGAAAAAGCUGGUUGUAGAGAAAGAGAAGGUUGAUACAAGAAGGGAUGGGAAGGAGAAACAAGUCAUAGUCAUUACAAAGCUGGAAAAGAAGAAAGAGGACAAAAGCAAGGAAAAAGAGCCAGUACUAGUGCUCCUAAGUAAGAAGCACACUAUUGUAGAGGUAGAGAUUCCAGUCUCUGGCAAGGAAAUGUAUGCAAAAAACCAGAAGGUUGUGGUGGAGUCUUCAAGCAAGGAGGACAAGGAUAUCCCUCCAGAUUAG